CCAACUUUGAGCUCUCCCGCCCGUUCGAGUCUCGACUGCGUCGACUCUCAAGCCCCCGGCUAUUGCUUCCCAGCCCAUAUUUACGGGGGUUCUGGCAACGGCUGGAGCUAAUACUACUUUCUACAACCACACCUUGACCCACCUAUUUCUUCAUCUCUUUCAUAUCUCCACUGGCUGGAGUGGAUGUAUCAGGAUGGAGGGCCAGGCCGACCCCGCGGUCAAGCUCGAACGUACCAUGCCUCACGCUGCUCCGGCUGCGACUACAGGAACCGCCACCGGGUCGCGCUCAUCCGCGCCGCGAGUCCGUCUUAGCUGUGAAGCAUGCCGCCAGCGCAAGGUCAAGUGUGAUAAGCUCAGUCCUUGCACCAGCUGCGUGCGCCUGGGCUUUGUUUGUGUCCCCGUUGAGCGAGCUCGUCUACCGCGCGGCCGCACCAGGAAGCCAUCCGAACGGUUGACUGGAAACAAGGAGCUAAUAGACCGAGUAACGAAGCUGGAGCAGCUUUUGAAAAAUGUCGCGGCCGAGCGGAAUGUCGAGUCGCUUGUUGAGAAAACGCCGCAAUCAACGACCGCCAGCGCCGAGGAUAGUCUUGAGACGAAGAUGACCGAUGUUGAGACCUGGCGCACCGAGAAUGCUCAGCCUAAUAUGUUCGUCUUGCCCCACCGGCCACGCCCCUCGACGACCUACAUGGCUAGUUCGUUUUGGGAAGAUAUCAUGCAGCAGACACAAGAACUCCGUACGGUCUUGGAUGACCGCUUGGAAGACGAGGAGGCAGAGGAGGAGGCUAGGAGUCAACCUGGCUUUGGAGCGUCUUUGGUCGGCUCCGAGACCUCAGAGAGCAUGUCCGGGUCACCUCAGUCGUACAAGGGACUCACCAUUUCGCCACAGACGAGAAGGCGGCUGUGCGAGAUCUAUCUGUACAAUGUCGAUCCGGUCUUCAAGAUCUUGCAUGCGCCCACGCUGCGGGCCUUUCUUCGAGACGACCAGCCGUAUCUUGAUUACGAUCCUGAUCAUAUUGCUCCCACCACCUUGGCAUGGGCUGUAUACUAUGCGGCUGUCUGCACAAUUGACGAUUCUCAAUGUCAAAUCUUGUUUGGUGUGGACAAGAAGACGAUCACUGCCGAUCUACAAAGGGAAACGGAAGCUGCUCUGGUAAAAGCCGAUUUUGUGACUACCAACGAGUUGACAGUUCUGCAGGCCUAUGUGCUAUCAUUGCUCGCCGCUCGCUGCCAAGAUCAAAGCCGACGGGUGUGGACCAUGCUGUCCAUGGCUCUUCGUGUGGGUCAAGCUCUUUGCCUCCAUAUGCCCUUUCCUCCCUUCCAAGUCAGUCCUUUCGAGCAGGAGCUACGACGACGCACAUGGCAGGCCAUUGGUGUUCUCGACCUGGCUGCCUCGCUCGACCGAGCCUCUGAACCAAUGAUGCAAUCUGCUUGGCUAGAUCAUGUCCGGCCGGCAAACAUCAAUGACGAUGAUAUCUGGCAUGGCAUGGACGUGCCGUUCAAAGAGCACCCGGAGGGUACUUUCACCGAUAUGACAGAGAAUUCUCUUAUCGCCGCAGCGCAGUCCGUGGCUCGGUCGAUCGGGUUCACCGAUUUCAUUGAGCCUACGGUCAGAUCGUCGCAGAAGCGGCAGGAGAUUCUUGCAAACUUCCGGAAAACGGCGAAUACGCUCUUGGCUGGGUGCAGACCUGAGCUAUCGUCUUAUCACCUCUACGUGUCACGAGUAGCGCUAACUAUCUUCGGUUGGCUACAACUGGGAUGUGUGCGACCAAUUCAACGUGGAAGAAACUGGGUUCCCCCACCUGUCGAGGGCGAUGUACUCCUGAACCUGGCUGCUGAUAAUCUGCAAAAAUUGAUGCAGACAGCCAGCGACCCUGCGAUGCAGCCGUGGAGGUGGUUUGGAUCCAUGUGGGUCCCCUGGCAUGGCCUGGCGGUUGCCCUCGCCGAACUUUGCGUUUGCAAGGACCCGGCGACGAUAGCCAAGCACUGGCCGGUGGUGGAGCAAGUAUACCAGCAAUCGAGUUUCGUCAUUGCAGAUUCCCAACACGGGAUGCUCUGGAAACCCCUUCAGAAACUCAUGAACCAGGCACGAGCCCACCGGCAGCAAAUGCUACGCGGCGAGUCUCCCAGCGAAGGAAUCGGCCAUAUCACAAUUAGCGAUCUACCGGCCAUGGAAACAAUGGCUCCUCCACCUGCUCCCCCGCCCGUCCACGAGCAGUACAUUCCUCCACCAGAUGCCCUCGCCGACCUUACGACCACCUAUAACGUGGGCCCGGAAGCGCCGAACCUUAUCGAUGCUGCUGGCCAGCAACUGGAUCCUGCCAUGAUGAUGGCACCACCGGCAUUCACGCUUGAACCAUGGCCAAGCGUCUGGGACCAAAUGGAUUUCGUUGGAGAGUCGGGAAUGGAGUCCGAGGCGGAUAAUAACGCGUGGAUGAACUAUUCAAGCUUCAUGGGUGAUGUAUAUGACAGCGUCGAAUGCAUGUUUUUACCCCGACAAGGAUGAUGGAAACGCAUCUGUUCGAUUCAAGUGCGCGACGGGUGGCCUGGCGGAGUCAAUUGGAUUGGAGGCUCCUUGCGUGGGAUUUUUUCCCACUGGCGUGGCACAGUAUCGGUCUAUGUCGGUCGAAAUAAUUCUUGAGAUGGCCUCCGGAGAAAUCUGGUCAUAAUGCAUAAUGAAACAACCUUCUCUAUUCUGAAUAUUCGGAACGCUCUCCAUACGAUCCAUCCUCAACAGCCUCCACCGCCACCGCCAGCACCCAGUCCCAUUCCCAACCCGACCCCCGAUGUAAACGCAUAAUCCCCCGCAUGCCUCAUCUGCCUACUCCGUGACCGACGUUGCUUCUCCCGAACCGACACCCCCGUCAACAGAGCCAACCGAUCAAACUCCUCUCCAAACUCCCCACACAUCUCAACGCACCCAGGAACCAACGAAUACGAGUUCGACGAAAAUAUCGCCAGGGGUUCAUCACUAGAAUCUUUGACUAAUUUCAAAUUCCCCAGUGGCGUAGCAUGCUUCCCCAAAGAACGUGUCUUCUUCCAUAAGAAUCGACCCAUUUCACCAUAUAGACUUGUCUGGAAUGCAUAUCUGGGUGACAAAUAUCCCUUUUUGGACAGAGUGACUUGCACCCCAUCGUUGUCUAGAUUGUCGGCGUAUAGCAGGUCAUUCUCGACGAGCGAGAUUUGGCAAUCUUGCGAGAAGCGUUUGUAUCGCGAUUCACCAAUGACGGCGCCCGUUGCAUCGAGCCCUAGGUGCAUGCGUAGGUCGGGCUGGGAUUUGUCAAAGGGUGAGUUUUCGAGGAAAAAUGAUUGCGUAUCGCCGGUGAUGUCUGUGGCUGUUACGUGGUAGUGGUGACAACCGGGUUGUUCGGUGAUGUGGAAUUCUUUGUAUGACAUAUCGGGUUCAGAUUGUUAUAGAUUGUUAUUCACGGAGUGUGUUGUUUAUUCCCUGGUAUUUGGCGGCAGGUAGAUCGAUUACUUCUGGGUCAUAAUGAUUAUCAUUGAAAAAUUUCGCUGUCCAUGUGUUCUUGAUGCUCGGAAGCUGCCGUGGAACGACUUCAUCGCCACUCUGGCCCCCGAGGUAUCCGAUCAUUCGUGGCGGUGACCCUCGAACGGCG